AUGCCGCCACUGUCGACAUCGUUAACUACUGUUGUUUCAAUCAUCGUCUUCACCACCGUAUGUUUGCCGUGUGCAGCCGCCGAUUCAGUCUAUGAAUCCUUUCUCCAAUGCCUAAAAAACCAUUCCACUCCAUCAGAUAAUAGUAUCUCUAACACAGUUUACUCUCACUCCAGUUCAUCCUAUGAACCUGUUUUACAACACUAUAUUCGUAACGCUCGUUUCAACACUACUUCCACACCUAAACCCAUCCUCAUCGUCACGCCUCUGACCGAAUCCCAUGUCUCCGCAGCCGUCAUAUGCUCCAAGAACAUCGGGUUUCAUCUCAGAAUCCGAAGCGGAGGCCAUGAUUUUGAGGGUAUCUCCUAUGUAUCCGACCAACCCUUUUUUGUCCUCGACAUGUUUAAUCUUCGUUCAAUAUCGAUCGACAUGAAGGAUCGGUCGGCUUGGAUUCAGGCCGGUGCGACCCUCGGGGAACUUUAUUAUAACAUAUGGGAGAACAGCAAAGUCCAUGGUUUUCCUGCGGGGGUUUGUCCUACCGUUGGUGUUGGUGGUCAUAUAAGUGGAGCUGGGUAUGGUAACAUGGUGAGAAAACAUGGUUUAUCGGUGGACCAUGUGGUGGAUGCUAAGAUAGUUGAUGUUGACGGUAAGAUUCUCGAUAGAAAAUCUAUGGGGGAGGAUCUUUUCUGGGCCAUCAGAGGCGGUGGCGGAGCUAGUUUCGGGGUGCUUUUAGCUUUCAAAAUCCAGCUCGUUGGUGUACCCGAAACCAUGACGGUUUUUAGAGUUGAAAGAACCUUGGAACAGAACGCAACUGACGUUGUUUAUAAGUGGCAAACCAUUGCUCCAACAACAGAUGAUGGUUUGUUCAUGAGGAUGCUUGUGCAGCCGGUUACAUUAAACAAGCAAAAGACCAUAAGAAUCUCGAUCUAUGCACUGUAUUUAGGGCCUGCUAAUGAUGUUGUUUCUUUGUUGGCCAAGGAUUUCCCUGAAUUGGGUCUUGGAAAACAGGAUUGCUUCGAGAUGAGUUGGAUCGAAUCGGCUCUAUGGUGGGCUAGUUUCGACAAGGGAGCUUCGCCUAAUGUGUUGCUAAAUAGAGAUUCUUACCAUGUCAAGUUCAUGAAGAGGAAGUCGGAUUAUGUCAAGACCCCGAUACCAAAACAAGGGCUGCAAUGGCUUUGGGAGAAGAUGAUUGAACUAGGAGAGCCAGGGUUGGUUUUCAAUCCAUAUGGAGGGAGAAUGAAUGAGAUCAACGCCACAGAAACACCGUUCCCGCAUCGAUCCGGGAAUCUGUUCAAGAUACAGUAUUCGAUAAACUGGAAAGAGGCAGGCAUGGAGGCUGACGAAAGGAACAAAGACUUGGUGAAGAAACUUCAUGGUUACAUGACUGGCUUUGUGUCAAGGAAUCCAAGGAGUGCUUAUUUGAACUAUAGGGAUCUUGAAAUUGGGAUUAGCAGGAAUUGGAGUUACAAAGAAGGUAAAGUUUAUGGGGAGAGUUAUUUCGAUGUGAAUUUUGAGAGAUUGGUGGACGUGAAGACAGUCGUAGAUCCCCAUAAUUUCUUUAGGAAUGAACAGAGCAUUCCCCCUCGUACAAGCAAUGAAGGAAGCAUCGCCCCUAGUACAAGCAAGGCAUGGAACAAAACAAAACCUUUUACUAUUAUGAUUAUAUUGUUUAUAGCCAUAGCUCACACUACCACAAAUUUAUUUAUUUUCUAUGUUUAA